UUUUUUUCGUAACGUUUGAACGUCGAAGCGUAAAAUGCUGAUUGCACUACUAAUGCAGGUGAAACUUACUUACCUACAAUAAUAAAACUUAUGUCGGCAAAUAAUUUCUGGCCACGUGACCGAAUCUACGGAUAGUAUCCGUGGGAGACUCUGUUAUCAGUCGAUAACAAACAGUUUGGCUCGCGUUGCGUGACAUGAAAUAGGGAAACGCCAAAAUGUCCGAAAAUAUCGAAGAAAAUGCGGAAGAAGUGCCUAGACCGGAAAGAGACGGCGAAUUGAACAACAACGUGUUUUUGAUUGACGGCGCGACGCGUGGUGAAUCUAGUGACAGUGGUGACCGAAAAACUACCGGCCAAAGCGACUUGAUUUCCAAGGUUUUGCAGGAUACCAAUGAAAUUGCCGAGGCUCGCCUAUUCGCCAAGCGGCAGGCUCGCGCGGAGGCGCGCGACAUCCGGAUGCGCGAGCUGGAGCGGCAACAGCGCGAGCAGGAGGAGAAUGCCGACCGGCAGUUCGACAUGCUGGCCGAUCAGCCGCCGCUGGCCCGCCUGCCGCGGACGGCGCCGUCGCCGGCGGCUGCGGCGGCCGCCAGCCGCUACCUGUCCAGCCGCAGGAGCAGCGAAGAUUCGCUGGAAGACGGCGGCGGCACCAGCACCCUAAGGGAGAUCAGGCAUGAACUGAAAGAGGUGGAGGACAAAUUCCGGAAGGCCAUGAUAGCGAAUGCUCAACUUGAUAACGACAAAUCUGCUCAAACAUAUCAAUUAGAAUUAUUAAAAGAUAGGCUGGAAGAGUUGGAGGAAGAGCACGCGCAGCUGCGGCGCGAGCACCGCGACAAGUGCCGCGAGCACGAGCAGCUGAAAAGGUUGUGCGCGAAGCUGAAAGAGGACGUGGCGAUUACUCGCGCGGAACUCGAGGACCGCGACCGACUGAUAGCGGAAAAGGGUCUCGUGAUAGUCAGCGAGGAGCCGGAAGAGCUCGAUUCGGACGACGAGGCGCAAGGAAAGACGCCUGUCCCGCCCAGGCGCCUCCUGGUCACCGCCGAGAACGCCCAGCUGCUGAGCGAAGCCGGAGACGGCAGCCUGGACGUGCGGUUACAGAAGUUUGCGAGAGAGAAGGGAGAGAUGCAAGAUCAAAUUAGUCACUUAAAGUUAGAGUUAGAGGAGGAGAGGAACAAACGGAGAAAAUCCAGUGCCAGUGGCUCCCUCAACGGCCCGUUGUCGGACUACGAUGCUGACGAUCUUCAAAGAGAAGCCAGUAAGCAGCUGGCCGACUGGAAGUUCCGCGCGCAGAAAGCCGAGCAGGACGUGGCAACGUUGCAGGCGACGGUGGCGCGGCUCGAGAGCCAAGUGAUCCGGUACAAAACCGCGGCGGAGGUUUCCGAGCAGUCGGAAGAGGCGCUCAAGUCGGAAAAGCGCAAGCUCCAAAGAGAGGCAAGAGAGGCGAUGACAAGGGCCGAGGAGCUAGAAACAUCCAACACGCAUUUACUAAAGCGGCUAGACAAAUUAAAAAAUGCCAAAUCGGCUCUGCUUAAAGAUCUUUGACGCACGUAGUUUUAACUCAAUUUUUUUUAAAUUCGCGCGCGAGUGAGUGAUUUUAAACAUUCAGUAUGUAAACGAGAUAGUCAUAACUUUUUAACUGAACAUUAAAUUUAUUCUUAAUUUAUUUUUUAAAUGUGCCCGUUUGUUGAGUUUUGUCCCAAUGUGCGAAAAUCGAAUUUUAUAAUCGAUUAUAUUAUUUAGAAUCGUUAAAUUUUGAAUUAUUUUAGAUCUAAAAAAGAAAUACAGGGUGUUGAGAACAUCAGGUCAAUUUGUGUCGCACAGUGUGACAAAACUGAACAAAUUUGGGGAUAAUUUUAAAGUGUUUUAAAAUUUUACGUGAAAAAUACAUAUAUUUUUUGUUAUUAGUAAAUUAUUUGCAUAAAAGCGGUAGUAGAUCUCUAAAACGAGAAAAAUAUUUUAUCCUCAUAUUUUUCUAGCCUAUAGAAAAAAUCACUGCUUUUUUAUGAUAUCAGUGCCUAAACAAUUAAUAUAUAUGAUAUGAUGAACCCAAUUAAUAUAAUUUUUGUAAACCUAAAAAAUGUUAAUAGUAUACACUAGGGUGAUACAAAAAAAUCGAAUAUUUUUUUACUUCCGACAUUAAAAAAUUGGUUAUUAAUUUUUCAUUAUUAAUCAAUUGUUUAAUCAAAUUUGUAUACAUAUUUUUGUAGGAAAUUUAAUUCUCUACAAAAAGGACUGUGUUUAAGCGAUUACUCCAACCAUUUAAAAGAUAUUCAAUAUUAAAGUUUAAAGAAUUUAUAAAAAAAAAUUUUUUUUAAUAAUUUUAUAACUCAUUGAAAAAUAAUUAUUGUCAAAUGAGUUUGACAUAUUUUUGUAGAAAAUUUAACGCUCUACAAAAAAGGUUUAAUGUGUUUAAUUAUUAAGAUUUGAUUAAAAAUGAAUAUAUGGUCUUUUUUAUAAGGGACUAAAGAAAACAUGGAAAACUGUUAACCAAUUAAUAUUAAGAGCUCAAAUUUGGUGCAAAUUUUUCAGUGUUAAAAGUAUAAAAAAAUAUUCAAUUUUUUUGGAUCACCCUAAUAUACAUACACUUAACAAUUUUGUUUAUUUACCUAUUUAUUUUGUGUUUAAAAUAUGAGAUUUUUAAAACCGUAUUUAUUUAUUAGAGUGUAGGACUAUUUUUUGUAAAUAUGUGUAUUUGUCUCAGGAUUUUUGUCCAUACCAUAUGUACACAGCCUGGGGAGUGUUUUUUGAAAUUCACUUUACUUUUCAUGGAAAAUAUUGCUCCAAUUUCUAUGGAAAUUAAAGUCAAAAAACACCACUCUGUCUAAACCUUUUUCGAAUUUAUUUGAAAUGCUUUGUAUAUUUUUAUGUAAAUUGCCAUUUUGCUAAAAAAUCACAUUAUUUUUUAGUGUACAAAUCAAACAUGAACAAAACAGAUAUUUUUCAAAAAAUAAAAACUUCCACAUAAAUGACGAAUCAAGUUCCGCUAUUUCUAAAAUGCCAUUUUGAUUUUGAAGUCACUGUAAUUUUAUGCUUUUUUCUUCAAAUGUAACUGCAAUUGUAAAAAUAACGCUUAAAUUUAUAUGUAAAUAUGAAAUAUGUGAUUCUUGUUUAUACAUCAAUAAUCAUUUGGUAAAAGGUACUUGAAAAAUAAACUAAUUUGUAAAAUA